AUGGAUCGGCUGCUGCCGCCCGUGGCCAGUAGCACGGCCGAGGAGAUCAAGGCUGGCAAGCAGCAUCGCCCACGGCUUCUCAAAGAAGUUGAGGAGCUGCAGGAGAGGCUCCGUGAGAACCGCACUGCUCUGAACUUGGCUGAACAACGGAACCUCCUGAGCCCUCUGCGCCCAGAUCGUUUGACGGAACGCUCCAACCAAAAGUUGGAAGAGGGUUUGAAGCAGCGAGAUUUGGAGGAGGAAAAAUUGCGCUUGGCCACCGAAUUGUAUCAGACUUUUCAGAAGAAAUUUCAGGAGCAGGCUGAGAAAAAGUCCAAGGAGCACCGGACCCAGCGGCAACUCAUUUUGCACGAGACCGAAGCCUUGACAGUGGAUCUCUCACGCCUUAGGCGGGGGGUGAAACAGGCUGCUCCAGAGAUUGAAAGAAGAAAAGGUAGUUGGUGA